AUGAAUCUGUUUAAUAUCUUUCUGUUUCUUGCCUCUCUUAUCAUCAACUGUAAGAGAGUCUAUGAAUCAGAUUCUUUCCCCGCCGAAUGUUCAUGUAUUUCUCUUCGUUUUAAUUACAUUUCUCUGGGGCUGCUCUUUUUCAAUUUCAUUUUCCUUGCCAAUCAUCUAACUCUCCUCUCCCUACAACCAUCGUUUGAUAUCCUUGUUUCCUUUGCUACAUCCUUCUACCAAUUCUUUAACACUUUCUUCCCAUUCUAUCCUCUUCGCAUUUCAGUUCAUCUAUCCUUCAUGUUUCUCCUCAGGAUUCAUCUGACUCUCCUCUCACUUAACCUCCCGUUGAUAACAUCUUUCCUGUUUCUUCUGCACCCUGUGUCUCACACUUAUAUUUCCUACUCUUCCCUUUACCCUUUCUAUUUUCCCCCUCACGCCUCUCAGCCAGUAAAUACUUUGCAUUCCCCUUACUGCUAUCCUCUUUCUCCUGUUCCUUUCUCUAACGCUGGUAAUGUGUGCCCUCUUUAUUUAGAACCUAUCGUUUCCCACAUCUUACAUUCUAAACUCUUCUUCUUUCUCUUUGUAUUAUCUCCCCUUCUCUAUUCACUUCUUCUUUCUAUUUGUAAUAAUUCCCCCUCUCUAUUCACUUCUUACAUUCAAAACUCUUUUUCUUUCUCUUUAUAUUAUCUCCCUCUCUCUAUUCACUUCUUAUAUUCCAAACUCUUCUUCUUUCUCUUUCUCCCCCCAUUUCUAUUAUGUUUAUAUUCACUUCACUGCUCUGUUAUCACUACACUCCCUGUCAUGCUAUCAAAUGAUUUCUGCUUUCUUUAUUUCGCAUCAAUCGUUUCCAACUCUUCCUUUCCCUCUUUAUAUUUUAUACCCCUCUCUUUUCAACUCUUACUUCCUACAUAUUUUCUCCUUAAUAUUUCCUCUAUCUCUUCUCUCACUCACUCUCACUCAGGUAACACCCACCUCUAUUCCUUUACAUCUUUCUUCUCCUAA